AUGCCGCAGGGUCCCGGCUCGCUGCUGCUGCUCGUCCUCGCCUCGCACUGCUGCCUGGGCUCGGCACGCGGGCUCUUCUUCGGCCAGCCCGACUUCUCGUACAAGCGCAGCAACUGCAAGCCCAUCCCCGCCAACCUGCAGCUGUGCCACGGCAUCGAGUACCAGAACAUGCGGCUGCCCAACCUGCUGGGCCACGAGACCAUGAAGGAGGUGCUGGAGCAGGCGGGCGCCUGGAUCCCGCUGGUCAUGAAGCAGUGCCACCCGGACACCAAGAAGUUCCUGUGCUCGCUCUUCGCCCCCGUGUGCCUCGACGACCUGGACGAGACCAUUCAGCCGUGCCACUCGCUCUGCGUCCAGGUGAAGGACCGCUGCGCCCCGGUCAUGUCCGCCUUCGGCUUCCCCUGGCCCGACAUGCUCGAGUGCGACCGCUUCCCCCAGGACAACGACCUCUGCAUCCCGCUCGCCAGCGGCGACCAUCUCCUGCCGGCCACCGAGGAAGCUCCGAAGGUAUGCGAAGCCUGCAAAAAUAAAAAUGAGGAUGACAACGACAUAAUGGAAACACUUUGUAAAAAUGACUUUGCACUGAAAAUAAAAGUGAAGGAGAUCACCUACAUCAACAGAGAUACCAAGAUCAUCCUGGAGACCAAGAGCAAGACCAUCUACAAGCUGAACGGCGUGUCUGAAAGGGACCUGAAGAAAUCGGUGCUGUGGCUUAAAGACAGCUUGCAGUGCACCUGCGAGGAGAUGAAUGACAUCAACGCCCCCUACCUGGUCAUGGGACAGAAGCUGGGCGGGGAGCUGGUGAUCACCUCGGUGAAGCGGUGGCAGAAGGGGCAAAGAGAGUUCAAGCGAAUCUCCCGAAGCAUCCGCAAACUGCAGUGCUAG